ACGAGCAUUCAGUUAUCCAAAAGGAUCAGUGGAGAGAAAGCUGCAGAUAACUCUAAUUCGAAAUAAAGGCAAUCGUCGCCACAACUUUGAGGUCCUGGAGGAGGGUAAAGGGGUGAUGGUUCCCUCUCAACAAAGCACUGAACCAGUGAAUGCAAAAGACUAUUUGCACUGCACAUACUGUGAGGCAUUACUCAAAAGGAAAGUGUUGUGGCGGCACAUGAAAAAAUGCAAAUUGGCAAAGAAAAGCAUGAAGCCAGGCAGAACCAGAGUGCAGUCACUUUGUGCUGCUGGACAGCCUGUCCCAAAGGAGAUCAAUGACAAAGUCUGGUGCCUAGUAAAUGGCAUGAAUCAAGACAACAUAACAGACACAAUUCGGCAAGAAAAAUAUAUUCUGAAGUUAGGAGAACACUUCUAUAACAAAAAAGGGACAGACAAAAGCCAACACCAAUAUAUCAGACAAAAAAUGCGGGAAAUGGGAAGAUUAGUUCUCCUAGCAAAGACCCAUGGCAAGCUGAAAACAAUACAUGACUUCUUUCUGCCAGCAAACUUCUGCCACGUUGUGAAAGCUGUGAAGAUGGUCUGUGGAUGGAGUGAAGAUACCAGCAGUUUCAAGAUUCCAUCCUUGGCGCUCAAACUAGGCCAUAGUCUAACUAAAAUAGCAGAUAUUGCAGAGUUUGAAGCAAGGAUGUCAGAGAACAAGAAGGCCCUUGAAAAUGUGAUGACGUUCAGGACAUUGAAAGAGAAUAAAUGGGAUGAGUGGGUGUCUUCGCAUGCACUGAGGAACCUCAGAGAGUCGAAGUGGAAUAAACCUCUUCUUAUCCCCUACUGUGAAGAUGUUGUGAGACUGCACAACCACAUUGACACAGAAAGGCCCAAGUAUCGAUCCAAUCUUGAAACUGCACCAAAUAAGAGGAACUGGUUAAAUCUUGCUAAACUAACACUUUGUGAAGUGAUCGUCUUCAAUCGUAGGAGAGAGGGAGAAGUUUCAAAGAUGUCCCUGAAUGACUUCAUGUUGAGAAACACCUUUGCCAGUAAUCCAGAUCUUGAUCUUGCCUUGACUGACAUGAAAAAGAAGCUCUGCAAAUACUUUGAGCGUGUGGAAAUCAAAGGUAAGCGGGACAGAAAGGUCCCUGUCUUACUCAGCCCAGACAUGGUGUCCUCCAUACAGAUGCUGGUGAGAUAUCGACGACAAUGUGAUGUGCCAGAUGAGAAUGUGUAUUUGUUUGGUAGACCUGAGGCAGAAAGUCACCUCAGAGGAUCUGAUGCCAUCCGUGCUAUUGCAUGUGAAUGCGGGGUGAAGGACCCUCAAACGUUGACAUCGACAAGAUUAAGGAAACAAAUGGCAACAAUGUCACAAGUUCUAAACUUGAAAGAGAAUGAGGAGGACUGCCUUGCAGGUUUCAUGGGUCACAACAUCAGGGUCCAUCGACAAUAUUAUCGGCUCCCUGAAGGGACAUUACAAGUUGCGAAAGUUGCAAAGUUGCUUAUGGCCUGUGGAAGAGGAGAGCUAUCAAAAUUUAAAGGCCUGACAUUGGACGAGAUCAACGUUGAUCCAAAUGAGGAAGUACCUGAAGACAGCUCUCUAUCUGGAAGUGAAGAUGAAGAUGUGAUGUUGAGUCUAUCCUCUAACUCAUCAGGUCUAAGACCAGUGAAAAUGACUAGACCCGUUCACAGGACACCUACAGAGGAGGACCAGGAGUCUGAUGCUUCAUCACAGCUAACCAGAGGUAGAUCAAGGAACUGGACAGAGGAGGACCAUGACUCUGAUACCUCAUCACAGCCAUUGAAUCACUGUUUUAAAGAUGAGUCAAGACCUGUGAAGAAGAUGAAACCCACCAAGAGGACACCUAGAGAGGAGGACCCUGAGUCUGGUACCUCAUCACAGCCUAGAAAAGACGAGUCAAGACGUGUGAAGAAGAUGAAACCCACCAAGAGGACAUCUAGAGAGGAGGACCCUGAGUCUGAUACCUCAUCACAGCCAAGAAAAGAUUCAUCAAGAAAGAAGAGGAAGAUGUGGAGCAAAGCAGAAGUCCACGCUGUGGAACAAAAGCUAAUGCACAACAUUAAGACUGGCAAGGUUCCUGGGAAAGCACAGUGUCUUGAAUGUAUCCAUGCAUUCCCAGAUGCACUGAAAGGUAGGACCUGGGAUGCUGUGAAAUACUAUGUGAAAAACCGCAUAGACACCUGGAAGCGGCGGUCUACGAGGUAACUGCAAGCUCUUGUUUUGUGUUUGAAAGAGAA